GGUUGUCUUGUGAAAGGGGGUUGGGUACUGUGUUGGAGCCGCUCUGCAAUGAAAACACGAGCAGUUGAAGGAGAGACAGCAGCCAGUCCAUUAAUUACUAAGAUUUGAGUCAUUUUGAAGAUGUAGGGAUAAUACAUUUGCUUAAUAGAAUUUCUGCAGCAGCACUGUCCCUGGACCUCGAGUCCCUGCAGAAUACUGAAGAAUGAGGUGGUAUCCUUUCUGGCCUGGUGUCUGAGAAGUAUGAGGAGGUUCCAGGCGGUCAGAGGGGUUUGCUGUACUGGAGAAAUCAUUCCUGGUUUCUGCACGCUGCCUGUUAACACCCUUCACUGAGCAACGCUUUGUGGGCCAUAUCACAGGAGGAAUUUGUCUUCAUGAAGAUUCCUGACAUUGGUAAUGUGAUGAAUAAAUUUGAGGUCCUUGGGAUUGUAGGUGAAGGCGCCUAUGGGGUGGUUUUAAAGUGUAGACACAAGGAGACCAAUGAAAUUGUGGCCAUCAAGAAGUUCAAGGACAGUGAAGAAAAUGAAGAAGUUAAAGAAACGACGCUGCGGGAGCUUCAGAUGCUUCGGACCCUGAAGCAGGAGAACAUCGUGGAGCUCAAGGAAGCCUUUCGCAGACGAGGGAAGCUGUACCUGGUCUUCGAGUAUGUGGAAAAGAACAUGCUGGAAUUGCUAGAAGAAUUGCCAAAUGGGGCCUCACCUGAGAAAGUUAGAAACUACAUCUAUCAGUUAAUUAAAGCAAUCCACUGGUGCCACAAGAAUGAUAUUGUCCACCGAGAUAUCAAACCAGAAAAUCUUUUAAUCAGCCAUGAUGACGUACUGAAGCUCUGUGAUUUCGGGUUUGCUCGCAACCUGUCCGAAGGCAGCAAUGCUAACUAUACAGAGUAUGUUGCCACCAGAUGGUAUCGUUCUCCAGAGCUGCUGUUAGGAGCUCCCUAUGGGAAAGCUGUGGACAUGUGGUCUGUGGGUUGUAUUCUGGGGGAGCUCAGUGAUGGGCAGCCACUGUUUCCUGGUGAGAGUGAAAUCGAUCAGCUCUACACCAUUCAGAAAGUCCAGGGGCCACUGCCCCCUGAGCAAAUGAAGCUCUUCUACAGCAACCCUCGCUUUCACGGACUGCGGUUCCCUGCAGUAAACCACCCCCAGACACUGGAGAGAAGAUACCUUGGGAUAAUCAGUGGUGUCAUGCUUGAUCUUAUGAAGAACUUGUUGAAGCUAAACCCAUCAGAGAGAUUCUUGACAGAACAGUGCUUGAACCACCUUGCCUUCCAAACCCAGCGUCUCUUGGAUCGCACUGGAAGUUCGUCACCUGCACGGUCCUCCAAGAAGAAGACCUAUCACGGGGAGAACAAUGCCUCCUCAAACAGAAACCAUGGAGGCAAAAGCGGGGGCUCGCAGGCACACCACCGAUCGAACAGCAAGGAUACACAUAGCCUACCACGGAGUGAGGACCACCACCAAACCAACGACAUCUAUCUCAACGGGAACCUGCCCCCCACUGCCGCUAUCAGCCCCACACCGCACCCCAAGAACUACCAGCAGCAUUCCAUCAACCGCUCCAUCUCCAGUAACAAGGACCUGGCCAACAACAACUUGCCUCACCUCCUUAGCCCCAAGGAUGCCAAGGGCAAGACAGAGUUUGAUUUUAAUAUUGGCCCAAAAGCCCCCGAUGGCCCCGGCCCUGGCCCUGGCACCAAGUACCUAAAGUCCAGCUCCCGCUCCAAGCAGAACCGACAUUCAUUAAAAGAGGGCAAGACUGGAACCCUCCAGUCGGGGGAGAAGCACAACCGCCACAGCUACAUGGAGACCAUGCAUGGCUCUAUGCCUCCUCCUUCAAAGAACAUGCCAUCCUACCUGACCCUCUCCAAGAGCCACGGGGCCCUCACAGACUCCAAGUCAGUGGGGAACCUCAGUGAAGCCCGGAUGCACCUGGAGGACCCCAGCUCACGUUACUUCCCCUCCAGCUGCAUGGACCUCAACUCUCCCAGCAGCCCAUCAGCGCCCCGGCACAGCGACAACCGGCCAGCAGUCAGCCCCUCCAUGAGGAGCAACCGCAUGGAGAGCGGUACUCUGGACUCCCGGCGUCAACCCACUCGGCAUGCAAAGAACCUGGAGGAAGUCAAGUCACCCGACCACAUAGGUGGCGCUGGAGGGCAUUCUCACUCUCUUUCGGCCCCCCAUGAGUCGUUCCCCUAUGGCCUGGGCUACACUAGCCCCUUUUCCUCCCAGCAGCGGCCACACCGGCACUCAAUGUAUGUGCGGCGGGAGCGGCCCCGGGGUCAGGGCAAUGACACAGGCCUCACAGUCGUCCAAGGAAUGCCGUCCCGAGCCAGCAGCCUGCAGCUUCUCUCCCCACAGCUGCAGCACAGGACACUAAACAUGCACUCAUCGGGGUCCUCGCGGGAGGACUGCACCGAUGACAAGAGCAGGAGUGACCAGUCCCCAACAGAAGGGAACCUCUCGCGACCCCCGAUUAAAGAUUCUUCACGGGACAACACAGCUUCAUUUCACUCACAGCGGCAAAAAGCUGAGGGGGGAGUAUACCAUGAUCCAUACCCGGAAGAUGGGGCGUCCUCAAAGGAAAACAGGCUGAUGUAUACGGACUCCAUUCCCAGAAGAGUAGGGAGCUUUUACAGAGUUCCAUCACCCAGGCCAGAGGGAACAUUCCAUGACAACUCAAUUCAGAGCAAGGCUUCUGCAGUCCCAGCGGAAAGCAACCUAGUGUCUAACCACUCAAUGAGACAAACUGCCUUUGAUCCAUGGAAAAACUCAGAGAACAUUACCAUCAGCCCUGCAGAACCAUUAAAGGAGAAAGAAAAGCAGGGAUUCUUCAAAGCAAUAAAAAAGAAAAAGAAGAAAUCACAAACGACUGAAAGCAACGAUGGAAAGAAUCCCAACAUCAAGAAAUGCCUAUUCCCUCUUUUUAAUUCAAAGAAUAGUAUAAAGCAUAGCUCUUCCAUGAAAGCUCUUCCUGUAGUCACUUCACCGAUGGUACCCGGCAGCGAUGGUCAAGAUCACCUGGCUGUACAGAAGGCCACCCGAUCUAAUCAUCAAAGCAGCAGACACAGAAGCAGGGAUCGGGACCGGGACAGAGAUCGGGACAGGGACAGGGACAGGAACUGGCAUCCUGAUAAGAUGACAGAAGUCCAUUCUCAGAGCCAACCGUUGAGGUCCCUCCGAAAGCUGCUCCACCUCUCUUCCUCCACCAACCACUCUGUCCCCUCUGAACUACGCUUCCAGCCACUUCCAAGCCAGCCUUCUAAAGGGGGUUUUAGUGAGGGCCGUGGGCACCCCAGCAGUGGCUCCUCACAAUCCAAGAGCAGGCAGACCUUCCAGCUGCCAGGACAGAUGGAGCCUGGCUGGCAUGUGCCUGCUGUGAACCGUAAAAGCGGCGACGGGACCCCCUAUCCUGACCAAAUGCCUCCACAAGGCAGCCAGAAUGGGCACAGCUUUAGCCGAUCAUCUCGUUCCCGGAUGCCAAACCUCAACGACCUGAAGGAAACAGCCCUGUAGUAUAACCCCC